CACUGUGAAAUCUAUGCGUAUGCGCUGUUGGUGUAACCCACUAGAACAUCCAUAGACCCAACACAUUCAUACUCACGACUAUGACUAAUCACCUUGUUUUUUGUGCUUUUACUGUGCUUGCUCUCACUUGCUGUCUUCAGUUUCAAGCCCAUGCUUCUCCUUCAGGAUCAUUGAUCGAGCAUCUGUCUUCACUUCUCAAAUGGAGAAGGUCUAACUCCAAGACCCCUCAGUCAGAUGGAAAUGUUCUUCAAUUUGAGAAUGGUUAUGUAGUGGAGACUGUUGUUGAAGGAAAUGAUAUAGGGGUCGUUCCUCAUAGGAUCCGUGUUUCUGCCGAAUAUGGUGAACUCUUUGCUGUUGAUGCAAUUAAUAGCAACAUUGUUCAAAUCACCCCGCCCUUAUCCCAAUAUAGUAGAGGAAGAUUGGUGGCAGGGUCGUUUCAAGGCUGCACUGGUCAUGUAGAUGGAAAACCAAGUGAUUCUCGUUUCAAUCAUCCCAAAGGCAUAACUGUGGAUGAUAAAGGGAAUGUCUAUGUUGCUGAUACUCAAAAUCUAGCUAUCAGAAAGAUUGGAGAUGCUGGUGUGACAACCAUUGCUGGAGGAAAGUCAAAUGUUGCAGGCUACAGAGAUGGUCCCAGUGAGGAUGCUAAGUUCUCAAAUGAUUUUGAUGUGGUGUAUGUUCGCCCAAUCUGUUCCUUGUUGGUCAUAGAUAGAGGAAAUGCUGCUCUUCGCCAAAUCAUUCUCAAUCAGGAGGAUUGCAAUUAUCAAUCUAGUUCAAUAUCUAUUACAGAUGUCCUCACAGUUGUUGGUGCUGUUUUAGUAGUAUACGCUACAUACAGGUUUCAGCAAGGAUUUGGAUCAUCUUCUUCAUGCAUAAUGCAGCCACCAUCAAAAGGUGAAUUCAAAGGCUAAGACCACAAGGAGGAGACAAAAUGGCCAUCUUUUAGACAGCUUCUUUUGUAUCUUUCUAAUCUCUUCCUCAAAACAUUUAGUUCUUUCUUUCAAUUCAUACCAUGGCAUUCCAAGUCUGAUAGCACCAAGAGAGGCCUGACACCGUUAAAAGAUCAGCUUAAGAUGCCAGAAGAUGAGGUAGAGGCCACCAUGGCAGAUAGGCAAAGGGCUUUUGAUUCACUUCUUACUGAAACUAAGCAUGUUCAUGCUCCAAGCACAGCUGAUAAAUAUUCAGAAAUGACGCCUGCAAAGAUAACAUCAAGCUCUUCCAAGGAUCCCUCUUUCUUAAGAAAACACCAUUAAUCGAAAACACAGGAGUAUGCUGAGUUCUAUGGAUCAACUGAGGUGCCAUCUUAUGCCACAUCUAAGAGCCUGAAGCAAAGGUCUAAACAUCGGCAACGAGAAAAGGUUGGACAUCUUCUUUUGGAGGGUGUUGGAGCAGAGAAAAAACCAGUUAAGGAGAAAAAACCAGUUAAGAUGAGGGGUGUUGAUUAUGGUAAUCCAAAGUUUGAGCAUUACAAUAUGAGGACUAAAUAUGUACCCGAGGAUUCCUUCCGUUUCAAUUCCCAUUAACUGGGUUUACACCUUUUUCUUGGUUCACCUCUUUUACAAGAAUAUAUGAUGAAAUUGAAGCAAGAAA